UUCUAUUUUCAUUAGGCAGAGUCUCACCUCCAGUAAGUGCCUCACAACUUUUCAUUUUCUCUAAGCAAUAAAACAAACACCCUGUGUGCGUUAAAUUGAACUUAACCAUGCUAAAAUCCGUCUUAUCACCUACCCGCCUACCCAUUCCACCUAUAUCCACUAUCUAUAACUGAACUUAACCAUGCUAAAAUCCCUCUCAUCACUUACCCGCCUACCCAUUCCACCUAUAUCCACCAGCAGUUGUAGAAUUUGUUCGAGCAAAAUGAGCACAACAAAACAAUCACCGACAUGCCCAAAAUUUAUUUCUGUUGAGGGAGAUGACAUGUACUCCAGAAGUAAACCUGAUGGUCUUAGAUUCAGUCUUGUCUCCUAUAACAUUUUGGCUCAGGCUUAUGUGAAGAGUUCUAUUUUCCCACACUCUCCGUCUCCUUGUCUCAAGUGGAAAGCACGCUCCCAGGCAAUUUUAACUGUUCUCAAGAACCUUGGGACUGACUUCCUCUGCCUACAGGAAUUGGAUGAGUAUGAUAGCUUUUACAAGAAAAAUAUUGAAAGUUAUGGUUAUUCCAGUAUUUAUAUUCAGAGAAGUGGGCAGAAGCGUGAUGGCUGUGGAAUUUUUUAUAAGCCCGACUGCGCAGAUUUGCUGCUAGAGGAAAGAAUAGAGUACAAUGAUCUUGCUGAUUCAAUUCAAGAUGAGUCAAUUCUAUGUGACGAUAAACACAGUGAUACCCGGGCAAAUGGAGAUGAAAAUAGUGAACCAAAGAAUGGUUCAUCAUCAAAAAGUACUCUUGAAGAUCGUGGAGAUCCUAAUGAUCCUCGUGUAAGAUUAAAACGAGACUGUGUGGGAAUUAUGGCUGCUUUUAGACUCAAGGAUACUCUCCAUCAUGUUAUUGUGGCAAACACUCACAUUUACUGGGACCCAGAAUGGGCUGAUGUCAAGCUUGCUCAAGCUAAAUAUCUUCUAUCACGCGUAGCUCAAUUCAAGGAACUAGUUUCUGAAAAAUAUGAAUGCAUGCCUUCAGUAAUUCUUGCUGGCGACUUCAAUUCAAUCCCAGGGGAUAAGGUUUACGAGUACCUUGUAUCUGGCAAAUCUUCAUCAGCUUCACUAGCGGAAUGUUUGGAUGAGCUUCCUAUUCCGCUGUGCAGUGUCUAUGGUAGUACAAGGGGAGAACCACCGUUCACAAACUGCACGCCUGACUUCACCAAUACGCUCGAUUAUAUAUUCUUUGUCCCUGACGGCCAAAUAAAACCACUCAGUUUCCUUGAACUUCCUGAAGCAAACUCGCCUAAUGUUCUUGGUGGCUUACCAAACUAUUACCACCCAAGUGAUCAUCUACCGAUUGGUGCUGAGUUUGAAAUAACGAGGGAAUAAAGCAAGUCAGAUAUUGCAUUUUGUCAGCCCACCCUUCUCAUCUCUGCUCCCCACCCCAAAAACACGAAACUCC